AGAGAGAGGGAUGGAGGAAAGAGAUCGGAGGGGGAGGAGGAGGAGGAGGAGGAGGAGAGGGAGGAGCAGAAGGGAGGCUGGCACUCAGUCUGUUGGCUCGCAGGAGGAAUCAGCAGCAGCAGCAGCAGGACAAUGGACUGUCUCAGCCAGGGAUCCUAACGGCACCGGGCUGCUUCUGACAAACUGGAACAUAAGGAGGUGAAAGUCAACCAGCUGCAGGAUGCUGCCGUCCUCCUCCUCCCUGCUGACCUGCUGUUCAUCAGGAGGAAUCUGAUCCACCAAACAUGAUGAAGACUGAACCCCCGACGGCCACGGGGGGCAACGGGACCUCCGGGGGCAGCAGCGGGAGCUCAAACCUGCGGAGCCCCUCCCCCCACCGCAACGCCUACGAGGCGGGGCUGGCGGCACUCAAGAAGGCCACCGACCACCUCAACAACGCCGCCAACGGAGGCGCCGGGCCCGGCUCCAAGCCCGCUCCUCUGCCUCGCCCCACCGGGAGGGGCCGCAAAUAUGGAUCCAACGUCCAUCGCAUCAAGAACAUGUUCAUGCAGAUGCAGUCUCCUGGAGACGAGGAGGAGGGAGCCAAGAUGAUUGGUGUAGAUCAGGGGGUGAAGCUGUCUCUACCGAGGGCCUCCAGCCUGAACGAGAACGUGGACCACAGCGCUCUGCUCAAACUGGGAGCCGUGGUCUCAGAGAGGGUGAACCGCUUCGACUCUAAACCAGGAGGAGACGCUGGAGGCUUCUCCAAACUCCAGGAGACCAGGAGGAUCUUCGAGCAGCGGACUCUACAGGAGAAGCAAGCUGCCACCAACCGGAUCCUGCUGAAGAAGGAGCGGGCGUCAGGCUUCCAGGACAGCCGUCUAGAUGUCGUGGCUCGCUUUAACGGCUCCACCGAGGCUUUGGACCGGCUGGACGACCCGCCGGCUCCCGCUCCAGUCCCCCUUCCCGCCCCCGCUACUCUUCCUGCUGCCGCGGCGUCCGUCGGGCCCGGUGACGCCGUCAGUCCCACCGUGAGCCAGCUCAGCGCCGUGUUCGAGAAGACCGACCAGAAAAACAACCUCUACCUCCCCCAGCGCCGGUCAGGCCCCGCCCUGGCUCCAAAGCCAAAACCUCCAGCCAGGACGGAGGCUACCGGGAGGAAGGGGAAGGUGCUCCCUCCAGGUAAGGAGGACCAGGAGAAGAUGGCAGCAGGAGGUGUGAGCAGCCAGGCAGAAGAUCUACCAGACGAGACAGAUUUUGUACAGAGAAGCAGCGGAGAAGCAGCGACCGGCGAGAAGGAAGAGUUUGGACAGUCAGGAGAGCAGCUCCCUAACUCCUCCCACUCCUCUUCGUCCUCAGUGACCGUCACUUCCUCCUCUUCCUCCUCCGACGUCAAACCGGACUCGGAGGCCCAACCCACAGCCACCGAAGCCAAAGGCUCCAGUACAGUAGAACAGGAGUGGCAAUCUGACGAAAAAGACGGCUCCUCGGCCGGGUCGGAGGCCCGAGGCAGGCUGGUGCAGGCCGAUGUUCACGCCUCGCUUGAAAAUGGAGAAAAGGAGCCUUCAGGUUCCUCUCCCUCCUCGGAGGAGAGAGAGGAGGACUCCUCUGAGAGGAGGGGGGAGGAAGAGGAGGAUAACGAUGACGACGGCUCGAGGAAGGAGGAUUACUCCGAGGGGGAUCUGGUGGAUAUCAGUGCGUACAGCGGGCUCGGGGAGGAGGACUCAGGGGGCAGCCAGCUGGAUGAUGAGGAGGAUGAGGAGGAGGAGGAAGAGGAGGAGGAGGAGGUGUAUCAGCCAGAGACCAGCUGCUCCGAGAUCCCCGGUCUCCCUGAGGAAGAGGAGCCUCCACCGCCCAGCAGGAAGAUCCAGUUCAGCACUGGGCCCAUCAAGGUGUUCACCACCUAUUCCAACGAGGACUACGACCGGCGUAAUGACGACGUUGACCCCAUGGCGGCCUCGGCUGAGUACGAGCUGGAGAAAAGAGUGGAGAAGCUGGAUCUGUUUCCUGUAGAGCUGGAGAAAGACAGUGAUGGUCUGGGGAUCAGUAUCAUCGGGAUGGGUGCAGGAGCUGAUAUGGGUCUGGAGAAACUGGGAAUCUUUGUGAAGACGGUCACCGACGGAGGAGCUGCACAGAGAGACGGCAGGAUCCAGGUCAACGAUCUGAUCGUGGAGGUUGAUGGGACCAGCCUGGUCGGGGUCACUCAGAGCCUCGCCGCCUCCGUCCUCCGUAACACCUGUGGUACCGUCAGCUUUGUGAUUGGUCGAGAGAAGCCGGGGGAGCAGAGUGAAGUGGCUCAGCUGAUCCAGCAGACUCUGGAGCAGGAGAGAUGGCAGAGAGAGAUGAUGGAGCAGAGAUACAAGCAGUACAUGGACGAUGAUGAGGAGACAGGUGAAUAUGCGACAGACGAGGAAGAGGAGAUGAGUCCGGUGUUCCCAAACUCCAUCGAGGUUUUCGAUUUGGCCGAGAACCAGGACAUGUUGUCUCCUGUGGAGCUGGACCCCGAGAAGCUGGCCCACAAGUUCAAGGAGCUGCAGAUCAAGCAUGCAGUGACCCAGGCAGAGAUCCAGCUGCUGAAGAGGAAGCUGGCUCACGCCGAGCAGGAUAAGUUGCGUUGGCGGAUGGAGCGUGCUCAGUUGGAGCAAAACAUCCGGGACAGCAAAGAGAGGAUGGAGAAACUGGAAGGUUACUGGAUGGAGGCGCAGUCCUUGUGUAAGGCGGUGGAUGAACACCUGAAGGAAACCCAGGCUCAGUACCAAACCCUCGAGAGGAAAUACAGCAAAGCCAAGAGGCUGAUCAAAGAGUACCAGCAGAAGGAGAUCGAGUAUCUGAAGAAGGAGACGGCUCAGCGCCGAGCUCAAGAAGAGAGCGAGGCAACACAUAAAGAGGAGGCGGACAACCUGCAGGAAAAAAUUACAGACUUGGAGACCAAAGUGGACGCCCUGAAGACCCCCAACCCCUCCUAGACUGCUGCUACUCCUUACCUCCUGUCUGAGACUGGAAGAGGAAGAGGAGGAGCUCUGCCUUCAUCCUGACCUGUUGGGCUCUAUUUUAUUCCAAUCAACCAUUUACUGCACGGACAGGUAGUGGGAGGGGGGGGACAUUUCUAAAAGAGAGGGCGACAUUCAAAGAGAAGAAGAAGAAACCUCUCAUGUGACAUCAGCAGCUUAGAGCUCAGUCUGCCUGCUCCCUCUGUAAUACCCACAAUCCUCCUUGUGUGUCUUCCUGGCAACCGGCUUGGCAAUCAACACGGAAACCACAUUCAACAACCUGUGCUUUAUUUAUGGAUGAUCGGUGUUGACUUCUCCUCUCUUCAAUAACAGUAUCUUACCCAGAUUUCUUUUCAAAAAAGCGCUUUUAUUGAACAGGCUUGUCACAAAGUGCUUUAUAGAGCGACAGAGGGCAUAAACGCAGAAUAAACCAGAACAAGAAAAGGUCAAUCAAUUGGUCAACCAUUUGAUUGUUGUGAUGCUACUUUUGAAUUCGGUGGUUGCUGAACCGUUUCUUUUUUUUUUUUGGUUUGUUUUGGACUGGAUUCUAAUGAAGAGGACACAUUUUUCACAUGUCACAUGAUCAUUCGAAUCCAAAACAAGACGGAGAAAUGGCCAUUUUUAAAAGACAGAACACAAACUUUGAAAGGAAAUAGCCACCAAGUGAAAGUUAACUAAUAAACACAAUGGCCGACAAAUUUACGAUUAGCGACAAAAACUGUGAAAUAUCUGUGGAUCACCCACCCUAGCCUUUCUCUUUUCUAGCGUAACUCUCUGCAAGCGAUGGAAGGAAUCAGGCAGAGGCUCUUCAGGUCUGUGCUGUGGUGGCAUACUGUUUGUAUAUAUUCUAUACAUGUAUUUAAAAGUGUUUAAAUGGCUUAAGCAAUUAAGUGGGUCUGAUAUCAAAGUGUAACGGUGUGUUCAGACCGGACGCGUAGCGAAUUUUCGCGUCGCGUUACUAGUUGAAUUUACUCGCGUCACUCGCGCGAGUAAAUAACUUGCGAAUUUAAGAUAAAUAUGCCGGCCGGCGAAGUCUGCUAAUGCUAAUGCUAACUUUGUAGAGAAGUAGCUACAACAGAUAGCUGAAAUCACAUUGUCACAACCUCCAUUUUUCCGGAAUAGGCGGGUUCCUGGGAUGCAUGACGUCACUGUCGUCCAGAAUCUCAACGCUGAUAGGCUGUCCCGACACAGCGUCACGCGAAUAUUUCGCCAAAGUUGAAUUUAUUGAACUCACGCGAAUUCGCGUUGUUUCAUUCGCGCAGCGACAUCCACGUGAAUCGCGGCAUUCGCGUCGCGCGAAACCCGCGAUUCGCGCCGCCGGCAAAAAUUUACGUCUAUUCGCGUGUUUGCAUUGACUUUGUAUGUAAUCUUGUCGCGCGAAAUAUUCGCUACGCGUCCGGUCUGAACACACCGUAAGGCAGCGCAAUGAGCCGAACGACUACGAAUUGGUUCAGUAGUCCAGAUUCAGUCUAUUUCAUCUCUUUUCUAUCAACAUCAAUGGCAAACAGGGUGUGAAUAGUCUCAUGUGCUUCUAGAGCUUCUAAUGGUGUAUAUUUGUUGGUGUUUACUACAGUAUCUGUGGGUUUACAUGCACACCAACAUCCUGGUUUUCAGGAUAAUCAUGGAUUAAAUUCUCCAGAGUCACACAAAAAGAAGUAAAUAUGCCAUCUUUUUGAAUAUUCUUGCACUUAUGCAUAAUUUAAUGAGCCAGGGCUUCAUGAGAAAAUUCAGUUAAAGUGGCUGUACACGGAAUUCAGCAGUAAAUUACUAAUACCAUACUGUGAAAUUACUCCACGACAAGUAAAGUCCUGCAUUCAAAACUUUACUUUCAAAAGUAAAAGUACUCGUUAUGGAGAAUGGACCCACUGUUAUACAUAUUCUAAAUAUAAUAUUGGAUUAUUAUUGGAGUAUUGAUGCUGAUUUAUGUAAGCAGCAUUUUAAUUUUAUAAGGUUUGGGCUAAUUAAAUACUUAAUAUACUGUUAAAAUAUUAAAAACAAUUUUAUAUGUUUCAUGGUUUUUUUUGCUAAAUGCUAAAUCUCGACCUGAAAAGUAACUACAGCUGUCAGCUAAAUGUAGUGGAGGAUAAAGUACAAUAUUUUGAAGCAAAUAUUGUAAAGUAGAAGUAUAAAGUUACAUAACAUAGAAGUAGUACAAGUAAAGUACAGGUAACUCAAAAUUGUACUUAAGUACAGUAAUUGAGUAAAUGUACUUUGUUACUUUCCAACAGUGGAAUCCAGAGCUCUCAACAUGGCGUUAGCAUAGCCUGCAGCUAUGCUAACGGUGCUAACGCUGCAGCUAACGGUGUAGCCUACAAUUUGUUGUUGCAUGUAGUCAACAAAGAACAGGAUUAACCCUUUGAUGCACAACAUAUUGACCCCUUCUAAUGCACAACAUGGGUCAAAAAUGACCCGCCUUCAUUUCCCAUGUUAUAUAAUUCUUGCUGAGUGUUUCUGUGCUCUAUCUUUUGAUAUCAACUUAUUUUAUGAUUGGAUAUUCCAAGAAUUCUUUAAAUAUCUUGUUAUUGAUAACGAAAGAUUAUUAUUUCCAUUUUGCCUCUCAUACUUCAUGAAGAAAAAACGUUUUUGUAUGAUUACAUAGCUAACUA